UGGGCUGAUAUUUCGAUGCGCAGACUUCAAUUCCCAUAAUGCAUUGCACAUCUGUGUGUGACUUCCGGACAUACGUGGCCUUUCUUGAGCGGCACUGGCAGUAGCUCAUCACCACACAACAUGGAGCUGGAGACUAUGACGAGAUACACGAGCCCGGUGAACCCGGCCGUGUUCCCCCACCUGACCGUGGUCCUGCUGGCCAUCGGAAUGUUCUUCACAGCCUGGUUCUUUGUCUACGAGGUGACGUCGACCAAAUACACCCGGGACGUGUACAAGGAGCUGCUGAUCUCGCUGGUGGCGUCGCUCUUCAUGGGCUUCGGCGUGCUCUUCCUGUUACUGUGGGUCGGCAUCUACGUGUGAAGGUGAGGAGAGAUUAGGCCCCGGUGCUGGUGGCGUGGUCCAGAGGAGCAUUCCUGCGGCCCGGGUCCUGGUCCCGGUGCCCACCGUCGUUCUGGGCCGUGCCGCGGACACCGGGCUCGGGGAGGGGGGACUUUGCACUGACACAGGGGGCGGGUUUUGGGUUCUGCGGUCACCAAUAAAGAGAGAUUUCGUACAA